GAAACGGCCCAGAGUGAGGUCCUCUAGGCUCUCGUGGGAUCUAUGUUUAGGUGGUCGAAGGGGCUUGUGCUCAUUGUCCUCACCAGGCGCGGCGAUUGCGUGAUGGGCGUAGCAGCCAGCAAAACAAAGGAGCCUCACGCGGGCAGAGCGAGUUGAUAUUGUCUGACGACCUGUAUCUCUCGAGAUAUGACAUGUAAAGUCCGGUUUUUAUGAAACUCAGAAUGCCUGUCUGACGUACAUUUUCUACUCGACAAGGCUCUGUACUCGUACUGGUCACCCUUGUCAGGCCAGCAUUCACCGCUCAGCCUCAUCGCUCCUGGUCUUGGACGCUGUAAGCAGAAUGAUGCUUCGUGUGUCUUCCAUGCACCAUGAAACGCUAGCAACAGGGUACGCGAAAUGCUGUGUGGCCACUGUCGCCGGCUCAUCCUACAAGUCGAACGUCUCAACCUUGGAGCACAAGUCACCGACGAGGUCACUGCGGCAGGAUUCGAAGAUUCCCUGGACCGAAAAUGCUACUUGUGCACACGGCUACGCAUUCAACUCGGGGAUGCGAAGUGGGAACGUUUGUUCUCAGAUCUCUCGCAACAGAACUCGAUCGCCUUUGACAAGUCCCUGGUCGCUGCUGAUGGCUUCGCUCUCGUCAGAUUGGGGUGCAAACUGACACCAACCACUGACCGGAACCGUGAUGGAACAGCAGUAGGUGGUAAGCCUUAUUCUUAUGGAUAUUUGCAGGUUACCAUUUCUCCCUGGGCUUCGAGGUAAGUCACUUCAUCGCCCUUCUUCGUCCAUCAGUCUCUCCAUCACAUAACGUCUGAUGGAGUGCAACUACAAGUCCACAAGAAGUUCCGCUGCAGAGUGCGACUUCUACCUCGGACGCAAGAGUUCUCGACCUCGUACGCCACUGGCUUGAUACCUGUCUGUGUUCGUCAUUGCACGCAACAUGCGCUCGGCGAAGCAGACGGCCCUUGUUCUAUCCCACUUGCCUGAUCGAUAUCGGCGACGGAAUGGGUGACCAUAGUCGUUGGAAAUUGGUGAACCCCAGGAUCGAAAGGAUGUCGGCGCCCUAUAUCACAUUGAGUCACCGAUGGGGUCGUGACACACUCAAACUGGACAAAGAAACUCAGGAAAGCAUGUUUCGAGGUUUGCCUAUAUCAGAACUUCCAGGGGCGUAUCAGGAUGCCAUUACGGUCACUCGACAUUUGGGGGUUCGCUAUCUCUGGAUCGACUCAAUAUGUAUACGCCAAGAUACUCUUGAGGACAUCCAGCACGAAGCAGCGGGUAUGGCGGAUGUCUUUGGCUACGCCCUAUGCAACAUCUCGGCACUAUCGGGAAGACAAGAUGGCCUCUUCUGCGCACGAGAUGCUGAAGUGGUCAGCAGUGACAGUGUGGUUUUACGAUCCCGAGACUAUGCACUUUCCACCUCCUACAUCAUCAACGACCUGCAGUUGUGGAGGGGAGAAUUGGUUCACAUGCCCCUGACGACCCGUGGGUGGGUGCUUCAAGAGGAGCUCCUCGCAGCCCGCACUGUGUAUUUUGGUGCUCGGCAGGUUCUCUGGGACUGUCCUGGCUUUCGGGCUUGCGAGACAUAUCCCACAAUGCAGCCAAAAAGACCUCUGAGCAUGUCCAUGGGCCCUGGCAAGCAUCGUUACUUCCUCCACGACGAAGAAUUGGGACCCAUUUCUUCGGUACUCGAAGCUGCACAGUCCAAGAUCGACCAUUCUGAGGCUAGUUUAUCAACUCAUGACGACCAAUCAAUGUUGUUCCAAGUAUGGACGAGCCUCGUGGCACACUAUUCCCUACGCAAUUUGACGUUCCCUGAUGACAAACUCUUGGCCAUCGCCGGCAUCUCGAAGCUCUUUGGGAGAAUCAUGAGGGACGAAUUCGUGGGAGGACUCUGGCACAGACACUUCCUCGAAGGUCUGCUGUGGUACAUCAGACCGAAGACCAGAACGCGUGCCCCGCUGGAAUACCGAGCUCCUUCCUGGUCCUGGGCGUCCAAGGAUGGGUAUGUCAUGCACGCUGAUGCCGCCAACAAUUCUUGGUCCGUGGCGAGAUUCUCCAAAGUUGAAUGCAAAACCACCGAUGGCGGCGCAUAUGGUGUAGUCACGUCUGCCAUCCUACGUCUUCGCGCCCCGUCUUUGGAGCUGUCGGUCGAUGAUGCGUCGGGGAACUGGACCACCCCAAAGGUACCCGGUCUGCUAGUCCGGCUCGAUGCGACGGAACGACCUGAGAGUAUUUGGAGAGGAAUCAAUGCCACCGGCGUCAUUAUCCGCACGAGCGCCUAUCGAGUAGUCGGCGAUGCAGAAACAGACGUCGCGCGCAAAGUGGUCCUCGCCGUACACGGCAUCGUUCUCACCGAGUGUGUGGAUAAAGUCACGGGAAAGGCGACCGGCACGUACAGGCGCAUCGGAUACUUUGCAGUCGAAGACCGUCGACGGAGCACACUCAACCCCAACUGGGUCCCUGGUGGUUGUAACCUCUUUCGCGGUAUAGGUGGAUCUGGAACGACCACCCCUUCAGGAACGGCGGCAGUGACAUUCCCUUUUGACGAACAGAGGCAAUUCCUGAGCGAAUUUGAUAUCAUAUAAUCAUUCAGGACAGAAGUCCCCGAUGACAAGAAGACAAGGGGGCCAUGUCAAUCUUCCCAUCAUAGUCGCUUAGUCUUGUAUCCGGUCUGGAGUUGCCAACUCUAGAUGACAGGCGAUGCCGUCUCCCUUGAAUAUCGAUUCAGCUCAAUACAACUCAUCUGAUUCUGAGGGCUACCAAUCUUCCAUCAUUCUGACAAGUACCACGCCUGCAAUCAACCGACCAAACUUUUGCUUUGACUAUCAAAUGACCUGUACCCUACAGGACUUUUGGCC